UCUCCUUCAGGCGCCUCGCCCCGGGACUCCAUUUCCCAGCGCUCCCCGCGCCCCCCAGCCGCCGAGGCCGCGCCGAGAAGAUGGCGGCGCCCGUGUCGCCCUUGGUUACUGCGCGCUGCCUGCUGCGGGCUCGGGCGCGGGCCGCCGCCCUGCGGAGAGCAUAUGCGAGUCAGGUGGCAGAUGAGAAGACAGUCACAGGUACUCUUACAGAUGCUAACGCUAGAGCCUUGUUGGUUUGCAGUGGACCUUUGGAACAUUACGACUUUCUGAUUAAAGAAGAAGAGCUGAAGAAUGAUGAGCAGCAAAGAAGAGUUGUGCAGCACCUGCAAAAGUUGCACGAGAACCUUAAAGGCUAUACCAUCAGUUCAAAAAAUCUUCUCUCAAAGCUCUUUGCAAAAAACAAACCUCCAAAAGGUCUUUAUGUCUAUGGAGAUGUUGGUACAGGGAAGACAAUGGUGAUGGACAUGUUCUAUUCUCAUUUAGAAGUAGAAAGGAAAAAGAGAGUCCAUUUUCAUGGCUUCAUGCUAGAUGUGCAUCAGAGAAUACAUCGCCUUAAGCAGAGCUUGCCAAAAAGAAAGCCAGGACUUAUGGCCAAAUCAUAUGACCCUAUUGCACCAGUAGCAGAGGAAAUAAGCGAAGAGGCUUCUCUCUUAUGUUUUGAUGAAUUUCAGGUCACUGACAUUGCUGAUGCCAUGAUUCUGAAGCAGCUUUUUGAAAACUUGUUCCAAAAUGGGGUUGUCGUUGUGGCAACAUCUAACAGGCCACCAGAAGAUCUCUAUAAAAAUGGUCUUCAGAGAGCUAAUUUUGUACCAUUCAUUGCUGUGCUGAAGAAAUACUGCAGCACAGUCCAGCUUGAUUCUGGAAUAGACUACAGGAAACGAGUGCUUCCUGCUGCUGGAAAACUUUACUACCUCACAAGUGAAGCUGAUGUGGAGGCUGUCAUGGAUAAGUUGUUUGAUGAGCUGGCUCAGAAACAAAAUGAUUUAACUAGACCAAGGAUUCUAAAAGUGCAAGGCAGAGAGCUGAGGCUGAAUAAAGCAUGUGGAACCAUUGCAGACUUCACGUUUGAAGAGCUGUGUGACAGACCUCUUGGGGCCAGUGACUAUUUGGAAAUAUCAAAGCAUUUUGACACAGUCUUUGUUCGUGAAAUUCCGCUUCUUACCAUGGCAAAAAGGACACAAGCUCGUCGUUUCAUUACUCUUAUUGAUACCUUCUACGAGCAUAAGGUGCGUAUUAUUUGUUCUGCAGUGACUCCUCUCCAAAGCUUGUUCCUGGUAGAACAUGACAAUGGUGAGCUGGAGGACAACAGAGUGUUGAUGGAUGAUUUGGACUUGAGCCAGGAUUCUGCCAAAGGACUCUCCAUGUUUACAGGAGAAGAGGAAAUCUUUGCAUUUCAGCGUACUGUCUCACGGCUUACGGAAAUGCAGACUGAGCAGUAUUGGAAAGAUGGGGACAGAAGUAAAAAACACUUGUAAUUAAAAGUUGAAUAAAACCACCGAAAAGUAUGCAAAGAAGUAAGACUACAGAAUUGGAAGGCUUUUUAGCACAACUGAAAUAAUAAUUGCACUUUAUCAUCUGGACCAUGUUUCUUUGAUCAAGUGGUUUUCAUGUUUAGGACAUGAGGACUGAUUUAAUUUUCUGUGCCACCAGUGUGUGAACAUGUGAAAUUUUACCUUAAUUUUAUUUUCUGUAAGACAUAACUUUGAUGUUCAGGGAGUUUAACUGGAUUAGAAGAUAUCUGGAGUAUUGCUGUAGAGACAAAGUCAGUGGAUUACACAGGGUUCACAGUAGAUUGAUAAAGUUACAUGAAGAGGGCACUUUGUGGUUCAUGCACUACGUCUGUCAUGUAUAAUGCAGUUUGCAAAAGAGAGAUCAAGUGCUUUAUGAAACUCCUGAUGUUCUGUAGCAUUCUCCUAGAACUACUCUGUAGCGUAUUCUGUUUUUUCUUUUCCUGUGUGUAGCCAUCUGCUGUCUUUCAGACUCUAAGAGUUUGAUGUAAUCAGACUGUUGCUCAGUCUGGUUAAUUGAAACCGAGCAGUUUGAUCCAAGAGACAAGACUGAGGAGGAGCUUGAAGGUACUUGAAACCUCAGAGGAUUAAACCCAAGUAAUCAUGUAUGGUAAAAGAAACUAUAAGUCAGGGUAUACUGUAACAUGUAAGUGCAAGUUAAUACUUUUCCUGUAUUUUCCUGUUCUUGCAAGCUGGGUGUGCUGCAUUCGCAUUACUGAUAUAUUUCUAUCCUGAAUUAUCUCAGGCUUCAUCUUCUCAGGCUUCAUCUCUGCGGCACCUUUCACUGCUACUAGCACAUCAGCCCUGGUCUGGGGAUGAUAGUAUGCAGUGCUACUGAGGCAAUUAAUCAUAAUACAAUACAAAUGUGUUUUAUGAAAAAGAUGAGGUAUUAGCUGAUUCCCAAAAUCACAUCACCUAUUCUUAUGUUUGUUGGAAGCUUUCUUCAAGUUAAAAACGCAAUUAAUUGUUGUCAUUCUUGGUUUUAAUCUGACUGAAACAAAAGAUGGUACUGCUUGUAUCGGCUCAUGCUCUACUUUUAUUAAAAAAAAAAAAGUUUUAAAAGCACAUUUUAAAACCCCGAAUAGAGAAAAAUACUAUACAGAUGAUCUGAAAAGAUUGCCACAAUUUCUUAUGGAGGAGAUAUAUAACAUCAUCCACAAAUUUGAGGGGUUUUCUUGGAUUUUGCAGUGUGACUUUUUCUUGUUACCGUAUGUAUUACCAAGAAUAUUAGUUUCUGCCUUUAUUAAGCCUGAUGAAAUUGUCUGAAUCCUAACCCCCAUCACUAAUACAGAAGGUUUUUUAAAGGGACUUUUUGGUAGGGGAAUUAGGGACUAGAGAGGUCCUGUGUGCUUGGAUGUCUUACAGCAAUACAGGUGCUUUGGGAGUCGUGUGCUCAAGUCUGGUUUCCUGUUCUGACCACUUCUGUUUGCCCUGGAAGUUACUUGAACUGGCAAUACCUGUUAUCCAAAUAACUUUUAGAAACUAUGCUUAUCAUUUACAAUUCGUGCGACUAUGUUAUUCGCACAAGAGUGACUACAACUGAGAAUUUUAAUGUAUAUUUAUGAAAAAUCCAAUAAGAAUGUAUUGCACUUA